GGGGCUGGAGCCGGCGCUCACCGCCCGCGGAGCGGGGCUGGGGCCGUGGCUAGGGCCGGGGCUAGCGCUGGAGCGGGCUGUCGCCUCCCGGAGCAGCGGAGUGCCCGACCCCUUGUGCCGCCCGGCUGCCAUCCUGCCCGCUUGCCGCUCUCGCACCUGAUGGAGCCAGCCCUGGCACAAGCCCCCCCUCGAGGCAGCCGCCUGCGCCCACCGCGGCAGCCUUAGCGGGUGUGGGUGUGUGCCACCUGGGGCGGGCACCAUGGCUCAGGGCCGCGGCAGCAUCAACAGCGACGGCAGGGACUGGGAGUGGAGCGGCGACGCCGGGGAGCGAGCCCGGCUCCUGCAGAGCCCCAGCGUGGAGACCCUGCCAAAGGACGGCGAGAGCCGAGGCAGCGGCCCGGGGGCCACAUCUGCGCUGGGAGCCGUCUGCAUCGUGGUCAACGCUGCCCUGGGCGCUGGGCUGCUCAACUUCCCUGCUGCCUUCAGCACGGCUGGCGGCGUGGCCGCGGGCAUCGCGCUGCAGAUGUGCAUGCUGAUCUUCAUCAUCGGAGGCUUGGUGAUCCUGGCCUACUGCUCCCAGGCCAGCAACGAGCGCACCUACCAGGAGGUGGUGUGGGCAGUGUGUGGCAGGGUGCCAGGCGUGCUCUGCGAGGUGGCCAUCGCCGUCUACACCUUCGGCACCUGCAUCGCCUUCCUCAUCAUCAUUGGAGACCAGGAGGACAAGAUCAUUGCUGCUCUGCUGAGGGAGCCUGAGGGAGCUGGGGCCAGGCACUGGUACAUGGAUCGCAAGUUCACCAUCAGCAUCACCGCCCUGCUGCUCAUCCUGCCCCUCUCCAUCCCCAGGGAGAUUGGCUUCCAGAAGUAUGCCAGCUCCCUCAGUGUGAUUGGCACCUGGUAUGUCACAGCAGUCAUCAUCAUCAAGUACAUCUGGCCUGACAAGGAGCUGGUGCCUGUGGAGAUCCCCACCAGUCCCUCCAGCUGGACAGCCAUCUUCAAUGCCAUGCCCACCAUCUGCUUUGGCUUCCAGUGCCACGUCAGCAGUGUGCCAGUCUUCAACAGCAUGAAGCAGCCAGAGGUGAAGACCUGGGGGGCAGUGGUGACAGCAGCCAUGGUGAUUGCCCUCUUCGUCUACACAGGCACUGGUGUCUGUGGCUUCCUGACCUUCGGAGCCAGCGUGGAGCAGGACGUGUUGCUGUCCUACCCCUCCGACGACAUCCCCAUCGCCCUGGCCCGAGCCUUCAUCAUCCUCUGCGUGCUGACCUCCUACCCGAUCCUGCACUUCUGCGGGCGGGCCGUGCUGGAGGGGCUGUGGCUGCGCUACACCGGCGUGACGGUGGAGGAGGACGUGCGGCGGGAGCGGCGGCGCCGCCUGCUGCAGACUGCCACCUGGUUCCUCCUCACCCUCCUGCUGGCCCUCUUCAUCCCCGACAUCGGCAAGGUCAUCUCCGUCAUCGGGGGCUUGGCUGCCUGCUUCAUCUUCGUCUUCCCGGGGCUCUGCCUGAUCCAAGCCAAGCUCUCUGAGAUCCAAGAAACCAGGGCAGUCAGCUGGUGGGGCUACGUCAGCUACGGCGUCUUCAUGGUCACCCUGGGAGCCUUCAUCUUUGGACAGACCACUGCCAAUGCCAUCUUCGUGGAUCUCACAGCCUGACUCCUCCUGCAGGCCGGACUGAGGAUGCCAAGGGGGAUGCAGGUUUCCCCUAGGAGCCAAGGGAAGCAGGGAGGAGCCGCCUGGGUGCCUUGGGAAGAUGCAGGAGGAGCGUUGUCAUCUGGGCUGAAGGAGCCUGAAGCUGUCCUAGGGCAGCAGGCAGGCUUCUUCUCUCAGCCCUGACCCCUUGCUGGAGCCAGAGCAUCACUACAAGGAGACCUGGAACCCAGGUCAAGCCCUUUCUGUUCCUCCAGGGUAGACAUCACUACCAUGGCUGAGGUUCCUGAAGGCAGGAUGCUGGCACCCCUGUGCUGGUGGAGCUCCUCCACAGCUUCAAAUCCUCCUUCAGCACCCCUGUGCUGGUGGAGCUCCUCCACAGCUUCAAAUCCUCCUUCAGCACCCCUGUGCUGGUGAAGCUCCUCCACAGCUUCAGCUCCUCCUCCCAGCACCCCUGUGCUGGUGGAGCUCCUCCACAGCUUCAGCUCCUCCUCCAACACCCCUGUGCUGGUGGAGCUCCUCCACAGCUUCAAAUCCUCCUCCCAGCACCCCUGUGCUGGUGGAGCUCCUCCACAGCUUCAGCUCCUCCUCCAGCACCCCUGUGCUGGUGGAGCUCCUCCACAGCUUCUGCUCCUCCUCCCAGCACCCCUGUGCUCAUGGAGCUCCUCCACAGCUUCAGCUCCUCCUCCCAACACCCCUGUGCUGGUGAAGCUCCUCCACAGCUUCAGCUCCUCCUCCCAGCACCCCUGUGCUGGUGGAGCUCCUCCACAGCUUCAGCUCCUCCUCCAACACCCCUGUGCUGGUGGAGCUCCUCCACAGCUUCAAAUCCUCCUCCCAGCACCCCUGUGCUGGUGGAGCUCCUCCACAGCUUCAGCUCCUCCUCCAGCACCCCUGUGCUGGUGGAGCUCCUCCACAGCUUCAGCUCCUCCUCCCAGCAUCCCUGUGCUGGUGGAGCUCCUCCACAGCUUCAGCUCCUCCUCCAACACCCCUGUGCUGGUGGAGCUCCUCCACAGCUUCUGCUCCUCCUCCAGCAUCCCUGUGCUGGUGGAGCUCCUCCACAGCUUCAGCUCCUCCUCCAGCAUCCCUGUGCUGGUGGAGCUCCUCCACAGCUUCAGCUCCUCCUCUAGCACCCCUGUGCUGGUGGAGCUCCUCCACAGCUUCAAAUCCUCCUCCAGCACCCCUGUGCUGGUGGAGCUCCUCCACAGCUUCAGCUCCUCCUCCAACACCCCUGUGCUGGUGGAGCUCCUCCACAGCUUCUGCUCCUCCUCCAGCAUCCCUGUGCUGGUGGAGCUCCUCCACAGCUUCAGCUCCUCCUCCAGCAUCCCUGUGCUGGUGGAGCUCCUCCACAGCUUCAGCUCCUCCUCUAGCACCCCUGUGCUGGUGGAGCUCCUCCACAGCUUCAAAUCCUCCUCCAGCACCCCUGUGCUGGUGGAGCUCCUCCACAGCUUCUGCUCCUCCUCCAACACCCCUGUGCUCAUGGAGCUCCUCCACAGCUUCAAAUCCUCCUCCCAACACCCCUGUGCUGGUGGAGCUCCUCCACAGCUUCAGCUCCUCCUCCAGCACCCCUGUGCUCAUGGAGCUCCUUCACAGCUUCUGCUCCUCCUCCCAGUGCCCCUGUGCUGGUGGAGCUCCUCCACAGCUUCUGCUCCUCCUCCAGCACCCCUGUGCUGGUGGAGCUCCUCCACAGCUUCAGCUCCUCCUCCCAACACCCCUGUGCUGGUGGAGCUCCUCCACAGCUUCAGCUCCUCCUCCCAACACCCCUGUGCUGGUGGAGCUCCUCCACAGCUUCAAAUCCUCCUCGCAGCACCCCUGUGCUGGUGGAGCUCCUCCACAGCUUCAGCUCCUCCUCCCAGCACCCCUGUGCUGGUGGAGCUCCUCCACAGCUUUAACUCCUUCAGCUGGCAGCCCUGGAGGGAAGGAGCCUGCCUUGCAUAAAGGGAACUCAUAACCAUGUCCAUCAGGCAGGCUGACAUCCAUCCCCGUGGUCCCCUUCUCUGCCAGUGCUCUCUGCUGUCCCACUGCUCAUCUCGCCUCUCUCCUGCCCUUACUCCUACUUCUCCCUCUGCCUGGGCUGCACUUUCUGUGCCAAAGUGGGACCAAGGUUUGUUUUGUGGAGGGUCAGGAUGCCCCCAGGGCAGUGAGCCACCAGUGCAAUGUUUCCCCAGCCAGGGUUUGCUCACACAGCUAGGAAGGUGCUGUGGCCACAUCACAGGCUCACAGGAUGUCAGGGGCUGCAAAGGUCACCCAGCCCAACCCCCCCUGCCAGAGCAGGGCCACACAAUCCAGCUCAGGGCACACAGGAACACAUCCAGACAGGGCUGGGAAGGCUCCAGGGAAGGAGGCUCCACAGCCUCUCUGGGCAGCCUGUGCCAGGCUCUGGGACCCUUCCAGCCAAGAAGUUGCCCUUGUGCUGAGCUGAACCUCCUGUGCUGCAGCUUCCAUCCACUGCUGCUUGGCCUAGCCCAGGGAGCAGUGAGCAGAGCCUGUGUGUCCCCUCCCCCUCCUGCCCCCAGCCCUCAGAGAGUUGCAGACAUUGAUCCAAUCCCCUCUCAGUCUUCUCACAGCCUUCAGCUGUAUCAGCCCAGCCUCCCAGUUUGGUGUCCUCAGCAAACAUGCUGACCUGCUGGAGACACUCCCCUAGAGCAAAGCUUCUCUUCUACAUUCCAGUCCUGUUUUUCCAGGGGGUGUCCAAGGAAUGGGACUGGGCCAGGAUUUGAAGGGAUGCUUUGGGACAAAAGCAGUCAGUGCUGGUCUGGUUUACAUCCUUCCUUUGGUCAUUGCAUCCCUCCCUUGGUCAUUGCAUCCUUCCCUUGGUCAUUACAUCCCUCCCUUGGUCAUUGCAUCCCUCCCUUGGUCAUUGCAUCCCUCCCUUGGUCAUUGCAUCCCUCCCUUGGUCAUUGCAUCCCUCCCUUGGUCACUGCAUCCCUCCCUUGGUCACUGCAUCCCUCCCUUGGGCAUUGCAUCCCUCCCUUGGUCACUGCAUCCCUCCCUUGGGCAUUGCAUCCUUCCCUUGGGCAUUGCAUUCUUCCCUUGGGCAUUGCAUCCCUCCCUUGGGCAUUGCAUCCUUCCCUUGGGCAUUGCAUCCCUCCCUUGGGCAUUGCAUUCUUCCCUUGGGCAUUGUAUCCCUCCCUUGGGCAUUGCAUCCUUCCCUUGGGCAUUGCAUCCUUCCCUUGGGCAUUGCAUCCUUCCCUUGGGCAUUGCAUCCCUCCCUUGGGCAUUGCAUCCUUCCCUUGGGCAUUGCAUCCCUCCCUUGGUCACUGCAUCCCUCCCUUGGGCAUUACAUCCCUCCCUUGGUCACUGCAUCCCUCCCUUGGGCAUUUGCACUCUGCAGCUGCUGUGGCUCUGGGCUGUCUCUCCAUUGCCUCUAAGGAUGAUGUGGAAGGGUUGAGCAGUUCCUCCCAGCUGCAGCUUUUGUUGGGGCAGUUAAAUGGCCACAGCAAACUGCUCCUCUUCAGUCUUUGGGUUCUCUUGUUCCUUGCUUGACUUCUGAAACCCUGGGAGAGGGGGAGGAAUUUGUGUCACUCUCUCUGUGAUGAGUGUCCAGCCCAGCUCUGAAGCACCUGGCUUUGCCUUUCCUGCCCCUCCUCGAAGGAGCAGGUCCAGAGAAGGGCAGCAAAGCUGGGGAAGGGUCUGGAGAACAGGGCUGGGCAGGAGCAGCUGAGGGAGCUGGGGGUGUUUGGAGAAGAGGAUGCUGAGGGGAGACCUUUUGGAUCUCUACAACUCCCUGGAAGAAGGUUGGAGCCAGGUGGGGUUGGGCUCUACUCCUAAGGACAAGUGAUAGGACAAGAGGAAUCAGCCUCAGGUUGCACCAAGGGAGGUGCAGAUGAGGAACAAUUUCUUCCCCUUGAGGGCUGUCAGGGCCUGGCCCAAGCUGCCCAGGGCAGUGCUGCAGUCCCCAUCCCUGGAGGGGUUUCAGAGCCAUGGAGAUGUGGUGCUGAGGGUGGUGCCCUGGCAGUGCUGGGUUCAGGCUUGGACUUGCAGAUCUCAACAAAGGUCUCUUCCAACCAAAACGAUUCUGUGGCAUUCUGGAAGCAGCCCAGGCUCUGGUGGAGGCAAGGUGAAAACCAUGGCAUGCUCCUGCACUUUCCCCCUGGCCCUCUCCCUCUGUGCCCAGCAGCAGUGGGUGGGAGGACAGCCUCUGAGUACCUCUGUCCCUACCAAACUUGGCUGUGUGCAAAGGGAGACCUUCCUGCCACUGCUGCUUGGGGCAAGAGAGGGAAAGGCAGAUGGAGAGAGGAGGCAGGAAAGCUCCAAGCACAGCAUGGAUGUUUGAGGGUCCCUGCCAAGGCAUGAGUCCUUCCUUGCUCUCCCAAGGUACCUCCAACCUCCAUGCCCCUAAGUGUUGGCAAAUCAGGCUCUGGUAAGCCCUCCCAACUCCCCUGACCAUUCAGAGUGGAGAGGAGGAAGAAAUGUUGGGCACUGAGGGUGCUGAGAGCCUGGCCCAGGUUGCCCCAGGGAGGUGGGAGAUGAUGCCUCAUGCCUGGAAGCUUUCCAGGUGAGGUUGUUUGGGGCUGUGAGCAACCUGCUCCAGCUGCUGAGUGCCCUGAGGUUGGGCUGGAUUGAGCUUUAAAGGUCCUUUUCAACUCAAACCAUUCCAUGAUUCUCUGGCACUGGCUGCCUCCCAAGCCCCUUCAACCCCAGCCCCCACCUGAGAGCAGCUGCUGGGGCAGCCCUUGGCAGAACUAAAGAGGUGCCCACCCUACCAUCAGCUCUCCCUGCAGCCCACCCCUCCUGGAUGUGGUGCCCACAGGGCCACCUUCCCUGCAGCCCUGUGCUUGGAGGCUCAGCAGAUGCCAAUGCCAAGGUGCCUUUCAGUGCCCAUCCUUUGUCAAGGUGGAGGGGGUUUGAGGGGUGUUUGUGGCUCUGGCUUCCCUGAAGGUGCCCAGAGCAGCAGGAGGAGGUCCCAGAGGCAAAGCAAAAGCAGGCAUGGACAGGGUCCUACAUCCUUUUGGUUGUCACCUGAGGAGCCACAACCUUCAUCCUCCCAGGGGGUCCUUGUGGCUGUGGGCAGUAGGGUAUGAAGGUGCUGUGGGCACCUCUGUGCUUGCCUUACUGCUGCCCUGGCUGUUUACAGACAGUGACCUUUGGAACUGUAUUUUCUACCUGCAGGAGGUGGAGGGAACCUGGACUCAAUAAAGUGAUGUUCGUGGUGCGUGUA